AUGUUGUCAGAACCAGGAUCUCACCUGGAGCGGUUCUCACAAGCUGCCGCAAUGCUGGGACUCCUCCCCGCACUCUCCUGCCUGCUCCUCCUCUCCCUGACAGGCCCCAGCUCUGGCUCCGAUGACGAUGGCACCGUGGUGCUCACCACCAGCGGCCCCAUACGGGGCAAGCGCCUACAUGCCGGCUCUGGCACAGUGACGGCCUUCCUGGGCAUCCCCUACACUAAGCCCCCCGUGGGGGCCUUGCGCUUCCGGAAACCGCUUCCCCACCAGCCCUGGAGCCAAGUCCUGGAGACCACCAACUUCGGCAACACCUGCCACCAACCUCCGCUCCCUGGUUACCCUCAGGCUGAUGUCUGGACACCCAAAAUACCACAGUCUGAGGACUGCCUCUUCCUCAAUGUCUGGGUGCCCCAUCCCCAGCCUAAUGUGAUGGCCCCCAUUUUCGUCUGGAUCCACGGCGGGGGGUUCUUCACAGGGGCAGCCUCCCUCGAUGUCUAUGACGGGCGCUUCUUAGCCGACACUGAGAACGUGAUCGUGGCCUCCAUGAACUACCGGCUGGGGGCGCUGGGUUUCCUGUCUCUGCCCCCGGCCGCCCCAGGGAACGCCGGCCUGUGGGACCAGCGCUUGGCACUGCGCUGGCUGCAGGACAACGCAGCCGCCUUCAGAGGGGACCCAGCCCAUUUCCUCCUUUUCGGCCAGGACGCUGGGGCUGUGUCAGUCGGCUUCCACCUCCUCUCCCCGGGGAGCCGGCCCCUCUUCACUCGCGCCGGAUUUCAGAGUGGAGCCCCGAACGGACCCUGGGCUUGGAUUUCACUUGAAGAGGCCCAGGAGAGAGGCCAGAGGCUGGGCCAGCUGCUGGGCUGCACCGAUGGUAACAGCACAGCCCUGGUGAGCUGCCUGCAGGGGAAGGAACCCGGUGAGUUCUCCAAACACGAGUUCUCCAUCUUGAACCACAAGAAGCAACUGAGGCUGCCCUUUGUGCCGACACCAGAUGGGGAUUUUCUCCCUGAUACACCACCAAGACUCCUGCAGGCUGAGCACGGCCAGCGGAUACCUGUCGGGGUUGGUUUCAACACCAACGAAGGCUCCUACAUAUUAUACUUUGCUGCCUCUAGCCUCAACCUGGAAAACGCCAGCUCCAUCGGCUGGGAGGAGCUGCUGCAGGUGGUGAGGCUGAUAGUGCCAGGGGUGCCAGACGAGGCCAUCCAAGCUAUGGCACAGUGGUACAUCCAGGAGGGGGAGGAGCAGGGAGAGGCACGGUACCGAUGGGCCAUGGAACAGAUUGCUGGAAACCCAUGGUGGGGGAGGGCAGCAAGAAGCAGUGGCCCGCCUACGACCCCGCAAAGGAGAACUUUGAGCGCAUCGCCCUGAAGCCGCCCAAACCUGAGACGGCAUCAUCCGCCUCGCGCUGUGAAUUCUUGGCAUCACUGCUGUCAGAGAAACCAAAGGCCCCAGGAGCAGACGUGCCCAGCGUGGGGGGCCGUGAAUGAAGAGCUGAGCAAUUACAAUCCCCUGAAGGAGGGGAGCCCUCCCUGCAGACAAGAGCAUCCAGUUCCUGUUAGUGCCUGCAAUUCAUUAACGAGGAUCCUGCUAAUGAACCAGCUGGGAAUCCACGGAUUGACCCUCCCUCAGCAAUUCCUCCAU